AAAAAAACCAUCCUUAUAUAUACAACAAACAACAACAACAACAACAAAUUCAUUUUAUUUAAAAAUUUUUUUUUCUUGCUUCUAUUCUAAUGCAUUCUACUCUCCUUUUUGUUCUGUUAACAUUUCUAUACAUAUAUGUUUAUAUAAAAAAAAAGAGAUUUUCUCUUUCUUUUUUUCAAAAAAAAAAAAAUAAAUCCAAUUUACGGAAAAGUCGAAAAUUGGAAAUAGACCAUCAGUUUAUCCUUUCAGCACUUAUUUUAUCUAUCAUUAAAAGACAACAGGCUUUGGCUAAGUAAUGUCCUCAUCUGGUCUAUUUAAUUUAAAAGAAAAAAGAAAAAAAAAAUUCUCGCCCAGAACAAUUUUGUUGUUACAAGAGCGAAUGUACUUUAU